AUGAAGCAACCAGCAUCCCCCAUCACCCUCCCACCACAACCUGACCCAGCCGUCCAAGAAACCUCCUUCGAGCCCGAUGCCAGUCCGAUGCUCUCCCCCCAUCGAAACGAUGAAGAAAGCGCCCCAAAUUAUGGCUCCGUCCAACGCGCGUCUCCAACAUCCACGCCUCCACCAGCACCAGCCCGCGCGUUGGCCCCUGAUCUCCUCAGAGGUCUGCUAAUGGCCUUCAUGGCCCUCGAUCACACCUCCCUCAUGCUGCGCUCCUGGCCCCACGCUACCGCGAUCGACGGCGAGAACGAUUCAGCCCCUGUCCACGAAUGGAACCGUCCUGCCGCAUACGUCAUCAGAACGCUCACACAUCUCUGCGCACCGGGGUUCACAUUCUUGCUGGGGAUGGGGGUGGUAUAUUUCGGGAGAUCGCGAACUUCUCGUCCGCCAGAUAAGAGAUGGACGACGGGGCAGUUGGCGUGGCACUUCUUUGUCAGGGCGUUGGUGCUGACGGCGAUAUCAACUCUAAUGGGGCUGGCGGUCUCGGGCGGGAAGGUGUGGUUUCUCAACAUGGUGCUGUUUAGUCUGGCGGUGGAUUACCUUCUCGCUGGGUUAACGUGGAUGGCUGUGGCCAAGACAGAAAGAUUACUCGCGUUUGCGUUGCUGAAGGUCCUGCCGUUGAGGAAGAAGGAUGAUGUGACUGAGCCGUUGCUUCCUGGGCCUCAACCGAGGUUGCAUGGUGAGGAGGAGAUGGCGCCUGAUGUGGAGAUUAUCAGGGCGGCAGAUAUUUCGUGGCAUAUUCAUAAUGUGUUCCUGGCUAUCGGGGCAGCGGUGAUGAUCUGGUGGAAUAUCUGGCUCAGCCCUACCGGAGGGAGGUGCGGUGUCGAUCCUACACCGAGGCUGCCGGGGAGCGAUUGGAUCAAGAUUUGGUUCUACCCUAUCAUGGACGAAAGAGUCAAGUCUGGGUUUCCGCCUCUAGCAUGGAUGUCGUUCGCGGUUCUGGGAUUACUCUAUGGGAGGAUCAUCCUGGCGCGGGCGUGGAGUCCAAAGGCUAUUACGUUGGGCAAUGCUCUUGCCAGUCUAGGCUUUACUCUGGUGUUUGUCUUCGCCAGGAUCUUUCACGUCGGAAACCUGUCUGAGGGGUGCUUGAGCAUGGCGGAGCACCAACAGGGAGGGGACCAGUAUCUUGCCUCGGUGAAAUCCUUCUUUUACCUGACCAAGUAUCCCCCUGAUGUAGCCUUUUGGGCUUUUACCAUGGCAGGUAACCACCUUUUGUUGGCGCUUUUUGGCGCUCUUCCUCCAUUGUUUGCGAGCAAGGCUUUCCAUGUCCUGCUGGUCUAUGGAACAUCGGCGCUGUUUUUCUACAUUGUCCACAUCUUGAUGCUCGGGGCUCUAUCGCUCCCCGUCAUUGCGCUCAUUGGCAGGGAGGUCAGCGAUCCUUUCACCAAGCAACCUGUUCGGGGAGUUGAUCAGUUGUGGGGCUUCUUUUUCAGUUGGGGGCUGCUGCUGGCGAUACUGUAUCCUCUCUGCAGGUGGUAUGGAGGAUUCAAGAAGGCGAAAGGGCCUGAUUCGAUAUGGAGGUUCUUCUAG